CCACAAGACUUCUGAUGAAUUGUUGCCUGAUUUCUUGAGUAGGUUCAACCCAACUGGUGCAGAACCAAUUAUUGACAAUAUCUUGUUCAACGAAACUAGAAAUGAAACUUGGAAAGUUGAACCAAAUAAGACUUAUUUGUUGAGAAUUAUCAACACCGGAAGAUUCAUAUCGCAAUACGUUUGGAUUGAAGAUCACAACAUGACCGUCGUUGAAGUUGAUGGUGUUUACACUGAACCAAAGGAAGCUAGUAUGCUUUAUGUCACCAUUGCUCAAAGAUAUACUGUUUUAAUUCAUACCAAGAACUCUACUGACAAGAAUUAUGCGUUUAUGAAUAAGGCUGAUGAUACUAUGUUGGAUACCAUUCCUAGUGAUUUACAAUUGAAUGGUACCAACUACAUGAUGUAUAAUGAUGGUGACAAGCCAGAACAAAAUUAUGUUGAUUCCAUUGACGACUUUUUAGAUGAUUUCUACUUGGUCCCAUUGGAUAAGCAAGAAAUUUUGGAUGACGCAGAUUAUACCGUUACUGUUCAAGUGCAAAUGGACAAUUUGGGCAAUGGUGUCAACUAUGCUUUCUUCAACAACAUUUCCUACACAGCACCAAAAGUGCCAACCAUCCUUUCAGUAUUAUCUGCUGGUGACCAUGCAACAAAUGAAUUGGUUUAUGGUUCAAACACAAACACAUUCGUUUUAGAAGAAGAUGAAGUUGUUGAUAUUGUACUUAAUAACUUGGAUACUGGUACUCAUCCUUUCCAUUUACACGGACAUGUGUUCCAAGUCUUGGAAAGAGGAGAAGCUAGAGAUGACGAUCAAGAUCCAAUUGCUUUUAACGCCAGUGAUCAUGCUGAAUGGCCCAAGUACCCAAUGAAGAGAGACACUUUAUACGUACGCCCCCAAUCGUACUUUGUCAUUCGUUUUAAAGCUGACAACCCAGGUGUUUGGUUUUUCCAUUGUCAUAUUGAAUGGCAUUUGGAUCAAGGUUUGGCAGUUGUAUUUGUUGAAAACCCAGAUGCUAUUAGAAACAACGAAACUCAACAAAUCACCGAUAAUCAUAAAGAGAUUUGUGAAAAAGUUGGUGUUCCUUGGAAAGGUAAUGCUGCUGGUAAUGAAGCCAAUGUAUUGGACUUGACUGGUGAAAACGUCCAACACAAGAGAUUACCUACCGGUUUCACUGCUAAAGGUAUUGUUGCCUUGGUGUUUUCAUGUGUUGCUGGUUUCUUGGGUUUGGCAACCAUCGCCUUUUAUGGUAUGCAAGAUAUUCCAGAUGUUGAGGAAAGAGUUGCUAAAGAUUUGAUGGUGGAUAUCACUGAUGUCGAAGAUGAAGAUGGAAGUCAUGAUACUGCUGAUGAAAUUGUUGCUGAGCGUAGCAGCUCUACCCAUGAACGUUCCUCAACUGCUAAAUACAGCAAUUGA